AUGCCGACGGAAGUGAUUUCACUUCUCUCAAGCUCCGACGCGGGCUCACCACCGCCUGCACGAGCAGCACAACCACAACCCCUUCCGGCGCCGCUCCAAAGCACACGACUCGAUAUCUUGGACUCCGAUGACCUCUUCCCACCCCUCCCUUCCCCCGGCAGACUUACAGGGACCGCUCCCCCGGGUCUAACUGGCGUUGCUCAACGUCAACCCCAAGCUCUCCUGACCAGUGCAGAUGAAAUUUGGUUACUGUCGGACGACAACCCCAUCUCGCUAGGGAACAGCCAUUCUAAGGAUGGCGUCUCGAUCGGCGAGCCGAGUGCAAAGAGACAGUGCUUGGACCUCAUUGGCGUCGUGAGCAGCCCAAAUGCCGCUGCGCCGCUGCAAUCUACCACAUCAACGCCGCUUCGGACAUCCGGGCCCGGGUGUUCAGAUCAGACAGCGGUCUCUCUCAUCGACACUACGCGGCCGCAACGACGGCGCAACUGGCGGAACGACGAUCCAUUGAGGAGCUUAUCACCGUUCGCCACCAAGCGGAUCGCACCAGGGUCGCACAAUGAUCCCGUGGCGGUGCCGUCGAGUUCACUGCAAGACGACACCUUCGCGGCUUCUCCUGUUCCGCCCCUGGGCAACGUUCCCGCGAAGAACAAGGGCAUCCCGCCCGUUCUCGCGGAUGAUAUCGAUGUCUUCGCCACCAGUUCUCCUGUGCGGGUCGUAACCUCAACGCGGCCCGGGCCGUCUACAGCAACAUGGGACCCCAUCUCGAGCUCGGCACCUCUCCCGUCCACAACCGAGGAGCCGGUCAGGAUCCCAUCACGGCCGUUCCGAAAGACUGUGUCGGAAGUGAUUGCAUUAGAUGAGUCGGACCGUGACAGCGUCGCUCAGCACUCCUCUGACGACGAGUUUCCCGACCUCGAUGUGUUGCUUGCGUCCAAGGAGAAGUUCGGUAUCGUGCCGAAACCACCUACGGCACCUACCGCCCCCAAAGUUCAGCGGAAACCAAAGCCCACUAAGGCAAAGGCGGACUCUGAUGAGCCGAAGAAGACUACCAAGGAGAGAGCCAAGGAAAAGGAGGAGAAGGCGGCCGCACGAGAGGCCGAGAAAGAACGCAAGAAGUUGGAAAAGCAGCGAGCUAAGGAGGAGAAAGCCCAAGAAAAGGCCAAGGCGGCUGCUUUGGCCGAGGUAAACAAGAUACGGACUGACAAAAAGGUGUCGACACCGGAAAUGAUUGUCGACCUCCCCAUUACCCUUGAUGAGAGUGUCAAGCUCCAAGCAGGCACCCUACUUCGAGACCUUGACGUCCACUCGACUACUUGGCAAAGCCCGGUAGACAACAUAGUCCAAUGGCGUCGCAAGGUCUCUUCCCGGUACAAUGAAGACUUGGGGCAUUGGGAACCGAUCAUGGAACGCAUCGAGCGAGAAAACUACGCUAUGGUGGUCAUCCCGGCCUCCCAAUUCGUCGACUUGGUUCUAGGCGAAGAGGAUGUCAGUCUUGAGUCUCAUGUUUCGCGGAUAAAACGCCUCUGUCCCAAGGACAACAUCAUUUACCUCAUUGAAGGGUUAACUAUUUGGCUUCGCAAGAAUCGCAAUGUUCGAAACAGGCAAUUCGUGAGCGCUGUACGCAGCGGCUUAGAACCUUUGGACGAGGGCAACGAUCAACAACAGCAACAACAGCAACAACCACCGCCCAGCUCCCAACCUCAGCGGAAGCGCAAGGCCGCCGCGACCCCACAAACCUACAUCGACGAAGAGACCAUCGAGACCUCCCUCCUCCAGCUCCAAGUCCUCCACGGCGUGCUCAUCCACCACACCAGCAUCCCCCUCGAGACAGCCCGCUGGAUCGCCGUCUUCACGCAGCAUAUCAGCACGGUGCCCUACCGGCGCCAGCGCGAGGCCGCCAACGACGCCGGUUUCUGCAUGGAGACGGGCCAGGUGAAAACGGGCGACGGCACGCACGACACGUAUGUACGCAUCUUGCAGGAGAUUGGGCGGGUCACGGCGCCCACGGCAUACGGCAUCGCGGCCGAGUUUGAGUCGGUAUCGGCGCUUGUGAGGGGGCUGGAGGAGGGCGGGCCGUUGCGGCUGGAGAAGGUCCGGAGGAGUAUUAACAAGGACGGGGAGCUUAGUGAUCGAACCGUUGGACAGGCUGUUAGUAAGCGGGUGCAUAAGAUCUUUUUGGGGCGGGAUGAGACGAGUACGGAUAUCUAG